GCAGCCGCGGGGUCCCGAACCGGGCCGUGCCGAGCCGAGCCGAGCCGGGCCGGGCCGGGCCGGGCCGGGCCGCCAUGGACCCGCUGCGGGCCCAGCAGCUGGCGGCCGAGCUGGAGGUUGACAUGAUGGCCGACAUGUACAACCGGAUGACGCAGGCGUGCCACCGAAAGUGCGUCCCCCCCCACUACAAGGACGCGGAGCUGUCGAAGGGGGAGAGCGUGUGCCUGGACCGCUGCGUGGCCAAGUACCUGGAGGUCCAUGAGAGGAUGGGCAAGAAGCUGACGGAGCUGUCGCUGCAGGACGAGGAGCUCCUCAAGCGCAUGCAGCAGGGCACCGGCACCGCCUGAGCCCCCCCCCCGGCUCCCCGCUCCCCAUCACCCCAAUAAACUGGAGGCUUUGG